GUCACUGUGACGCAAUAUAUCCACGUGGAGCUAAAUGGCUACGUCUCUUUUAUGGAGAAAUGCUUCGUUGGCUGCCAGACGACUAGUGUCCCGUCAAAUAUGUAGGAGGACCGUUCCCAGUCCCUCUACAUCUCUCCUUAAAACUCCAGUGUUGGCAACACGUUUUAAAAGCUCUUUCUCUAACGACGCUAAUAAGGGAGCGAGCGCUAGUCUUUUGCUACAGGCUCAAGCUGAAUUAGAUUUGGAGAGCACUGACGAGGAGGCUCUUGGAUUUAAUGGUUUUCAAAUAAGCAUCAAUGGGGCUCAAGCUAUCCUCACACGCAUGCAUGGAAACGAAGAAGUGAAGGUUGAGCUUAAUCUCAAUGCUUAUUCUGAUAUGCUUGAAGAUGAAUUAGAUGAUGAUGAUGAUGAUGACAAUGUCGAAGAAACCCGAAACAAACCUUUCUUCCUUCCAUCGUUCACAGUUACAUUCACAAAGAAGAGCGGUAUCAGUCUUGUUGUGAGGUGUUCUGUUGAAACUAGUGACUACGAUGAUGAGGAAGGCUGGGGAAACCUUAGCAUAACUAAUGUCUCUGUAGUACCAAAAGGAGGCACUACUGAUCAGUAUGAAGCCGAUACUCAAUACCUCAGUGAUGAGCUGAUGGACUCCAUCAAUGACUACAUGGAGGACAGGAAGAUAAACCAAACCUUUGCCCAAGAGCUUUUGGAGUUUUAUGACAAUUUUGAGAGAAAGGCCCACACACAGUUUCUUAAAGACCUUAAGAGCUUUGCCCAAAGUUAAUCAAUCAUGUACACCUCUAGCUAUUGUGUAUUAUAUAGACCGUUAGUUGUAGAUAGUUAUUAUUAUUAUUAAUUUUUUGUUAUUGAUAAAAAUUAAUUUUGAUUAUUCGUCUUCGAAAA